AGAACCUAUCCGCCAGACAGAUCUAGCUCCUGCUUGAGUGCGGAGUGCGGACAAGUGGCUGCGUCGGCCCAAUUCUAACUUGGCCCUCAGCUUCCCAGUCAUGGCAACCUCCACCACCUCACACCGGCCCAUCAAGGGGAUACUCAAAAACAAGAGUUCAACAUCUUCGGUGGAGGAUUCCACCCAACCAUCAGGAAGACCUGGCGCUCAAGAGUUGCAACGUAAGAAAUCGCAGAAGUGGGACGAAUCCAACAUACUAGCAACCCACUAUCCAUCCUACAAAGACUAUGACUUAAUGAAAACGAAUGAGCCCGGCAAUCCCUACGCCAGUGUGCCACAUGACGGAGAAGACAACACGAGUGAAGUUCAAGGAAAGGAAGCCAUGACCACUGCUGAUACCUUAGCGAAGAAGCUCGCAGCCAGUGACACCUUUGGGACCAGCUAUCAGGGUGAGGAGCAAGAAAGCAGCAGUGCGCAUAGCAGCAAAUUCUUCCUGGACAAACAAGAGCGACAACGGCAAUUUGAGUUGAAAAGAAAGUUACAUUACAACGAAGGACUGAACAUCAAAUUGGCCAGACAACUCAUAUUGGAGGAGCUCCAGUCUGAAGUAGAAGAAGAUGAUAUCCAACCACAUCUCCAUUCAAGUUUUUGAAGAAAAGACUACUACAGAAGAAGCUCCAACAAUUUAACAUCUAGAAAUUCCAUCAUAAACGCGUAUAACAUCUGCGGUUGCCGCUGUCUUUGCCUAUCCAUCGCUGCUUCUUGCUUCUUAGAACCCAUGCUUUUAGUGUGACACUACUUGUCCGUGUAACUGUUUAAUUGUGUUUAAUGGUCUUUCAGGAAUUAAAUGGUAAUGUUAGAAAACAUUAAACUGGCUGAAAUGUC